AUGGAGGCUAUGUGUGCCCGGUUUUGGUGGGGACAACGGGAGAACGAACGGAAAAUUCAUUGGAUUAGCUGGAAGUCUCUAUGCAAACCAAAGGUGAAUGAAGUAUUAGGAUUUUGUGACUUUGAAUACUUUAACACAGCUUUACUAAGGAAGCAAUUCUGGCGCAUUUUGCAUAAUCAGAGUUCUCUAAUUGCUAGACUAUGGAAAGCCAGAUACUUCCCUCGUUCUUCAUUUUUGGUUGCUCCUCUCGAUCAUGAUCCAAGCUAUAUUUGGCGAAGCAUAUGGGGAGUGGGGGAUGCUGUGAGAUGUAAUGUUAAAUGGAGGGUUGGAGAUGGCCAAGAUAUAAAUAUAUGGAGGGACUCGUGGCUGCCUGGAGAUGCAUCAGGGAUGGUUUUGUCCACCAGGCCAAACUUAACUGAGGCAACGGUAGUAGCAGAUUUGUUACAGGAAGGAACUCCACCAAGGUGGGAUACGGGCCGCAUUAAUGCUUUGUUUUCUCUAGAGGAAACAAGGAAGGUGAAAUUGGAGGAUUUGACAGGCUCCUCAAAUACUUACCCAUGGAGACAGGUUUUUAUAUCUAAAUCAAUGGCAUCUUUAUUACCGAUACUAGUUUUACUAUCAAGCACAGCAUACUCAGCACACCCGGGGUCCGAGAAUCCUAUCAAGUCAGCUACGUUCUUAUCUGAAAAGUUUGAGAUAGGACCUGGAAGGAUUGUAGAGAAAGCAUUUAUAGAUAUUGAUUUUCCAAGGGGGCAUAUUGGAGUUAAGAGUUUUGAUGCUGAACUAGUUGAUGAAGAAGGGAAUUCCGUACCUUUGCAUGAAGCAUACCUCCAUCAUUAUUUCAUUUUAAAAUACUUAGCAAAAAAGAAUGUUUCACGCGACCCUAAGGAACAUUUUGUGGGUUCUAUUCCUGUAAGAAACGCAGGAACAUGCAACGGUAAUAUUCUUUCAUAUUUUUGGGCUAAGGGAGCUGAAUCACGAGGAACACCGUCAAACCUUUUAGACCCAUUUGCAUUGGAAUUAGGUAACCCUGCAUCUAUUCCAUCUGGAUAUGAAGAGAAAUGGCUCACUAACAUCAUGACCAUUGAUACACGUGGUGCAAUAAAUAAAGAAUCUUGCACACAGUGCACAUGUGAAGCUUACCACCUCCCAAAAGAUUUUUAUAACACAACAAGGGAUUUUAAAGGGAAACUACUGACACCUACUUAUAAAGGAGGAUUAUUUUGUUGCCAAAAUGGAUUUCAAUGCAAAUUGGAGAAAGGUUUUCAAGCCCCAACUAGAAAGUUUGCCCUAAGAUACAAUAUAACAUGGGUUGAUUGGAAUGAAUUCCAAGUUCCCGUUAAGUUUUAUGUACUUGAUGUGACCGAUCGAGUGACAAGAAAUGGCUCACAAACAAUCCAUGAUUGUCAGAUUGAUUAUAGUAUUCCAGCGACUAAUGAUGGUAGUAAGUAUCAUGUCGCGAAAGCUGACAUACCGAUAGAAAAAGGAGGUUAUCUCAUCUAUUGCACCUCUCAUAUGCAUGCAGGUGUUGUUAACGCAACUCUAUAUGGACAGGAUGGAAGGGCAUUAUGCACUUCAACACCAAAAUAUGGAACAGGAAUGGAACCAGGAAAUGAGAAAGGUUACGCUGUUGGAAUGUCUGUUACUUAUCCAGAACCCGGUUCAAUCAAGAUCAAGGAUGGUGAAACUUUAACUUUAGAAUCAAGAUAUGAAAGCGGAUUUCGCACAGGAGUUAUGGGACAAAUGUAUAUCUACACAGCAGAAAAACUACCACAAUGA